AUGAUGAAAAAGAAGACCAAUUACUUCAUAGUGUCUUUGGCGUUUGCAGACCUCCUGGUUGCUGUGGUUGUCAUGCCGUUUGCAGCCAUUGAGUUGACCACAAGUCAGUGGCGGUACGGGGAGAUAUUCUGUCUGGUUCGGACCUCACUGGACGUGCUGCUGACCACUGCAUCUAUCCUACACCUGUGCUGCAUAGCACUGGACAGGUACUACGCAAUCUGCUGCCAACCGCUGGUGUACAGGAAUAAAAUGACGCCCUUGAGAGUGGCCCUGAUGCUGGGAGGAUGCUGGGUCAUCCCCUCCUUCAUCUCCUUCCUUCCCAUCAUGCAAAGUUGGCACGCCAUCGGCAUAGAGGACAUUAUAGAGCAGAGGAAGUUUAGCGGCAACAGCAACGAGACCAACUGUGUAUUCGUGGUGAACCGUCCGUAUGCUCUCAUCUGCUCCACCGUGGCCUUCUACGUUCCUCUGAGCCUCAUGGUCCUGGCCUACCAGCGCAUCUACGUCACCGCCAUGGGCCACGUGCGGCAGAUUGGCACGCUGCAGCGGGCAGGCUCCGCCCCCUACUCGGCGCCCCCCCAGCACUACCUCAGCUCCGAGCAGCAGGGCUCCAGUCGCAUGCGCAUAGAGACCAAGGCUGCCAAGACCCUGGCUGUCAUCAUGGGCUGCUUCUGUCUCUGCUGGGCCCCCUUCUUCAUCACCAACGUGGUGGACCCCUUCAUCCACUACAGUGUGCCCUGGCAGAUGUGGACCGCCUGGCUGUGGCUUGGCUAUAUUAACUCUGGCCUUAACCCCUUUCUCUACGCCUUCCUGAACCGGGCCUUCAGACGGGCCUUCCUCAUGAUACUGUGUUGUGGUGAUGAGAGAUACGUACGCCAGGGGAGCUAUGGCCCCACCAGACACUACUCUGGAUCUGUCAACGGGACCUCCAUCGCGCUCAGGUGCAUCAUCUUCUCUCAGUCACAGAGGCUCAUGUGUGAGGAAGGCACUUACGCCACUCAGCCCCGCACCACCAGCAGCACGCAUCUACAUGACUUCAACAGGUUGGAUGUGUGGAGAGUCAGUGUAAACAGUCUGGUGCAGAUAGUCUCGGUGGUGCAGAUAGUCUUGGUGGUGCAGAUAGUCUCGGUGGUGCAGAAAGUCUUGGUGGUGCAGUUCCUCUGUGAUGUCCACUGCAGCCCCGUCGAUGCAGAUGGGGGUGUGCUCCUCCCCCAUUUCCUGGAUUUCAUGAUCAGCUCCUUGGUUUUGUUGACGUUGAGGGAGGUGCUGUUCCCCAGGCACGCCUCUGCCAAGGCUCUAACCUCCUCCCUGUAG